CAUCAUGUCAAAUAUAUUCGGGUCACUCGGCUAAGACAAACCCUCAGCACAACUCCCAAUCUGUUGUACACGAGAUAUGUGGACCAUAUUUUUAUCAACUCUUCAUACCAUAUUACCGCCAACAAAAUAUCACAAUGUUUUUUUUAUAUUAAUACAAACACUCGCUUACGAAUUUAUUCAAAGGACUAUUCUACAAUGACAAGUCCUACAGUCAGGUUAUGUAAUAUUUGACAGCGCUAAAUGAAAGCAAAGUUUAGAUUGUGUGCUGCGAUGGGCCGUCUAGUGCUUAACACGCAACAACUACAAAAAUUUCCCUUGAUAUAUAAUUAACACAUCCAUAAUGUUAAUGAUAUAAUCAUAUAAAAAUGAUUCUGUUCUUCAUAACGCUAGACAAUUUUAUUCAGGUGAGUGAAAACCGUUUGGUUCCAAUAUGUGGACACCUCAACGUCAUACUACAACAUACCAGCAAUUACAGGGACCAACACUCACAGAGAAGCGAUGGUUGGCGAAGAGGGCGAUUGAUUGGUCGGGGAUGUACCUACCCACCCACGUCAACAAGAGCAGCUCCUGUGGUCGGGCAGUUGAGGCAAUGUUUGACUCCUUCACCAAGAAUGAGACGUGGGCAGCCGAGAUGGUUGACUCGUGGGGUAAGACAUCUUCAGGCAUAUUCUACGGCAACUCGUACUAUCCGGGAGUGAUUGACCAGUGUUUAAAUGUCAAGUCACCCGACAACGCCAUCCACGGCAAAUACUGCGUCAUCAACAUCAGGAAGGCCAGCCACAAGAAGACGGUUCACCACAUCAACCUGCCUGUCACCCUUGAACACCUGGGCCUCACACCUUUCAUUAUCAACGAUAAAGUGACCAAUGGCACGUUCUUCCGCUAUGCUACCUGUAUACCUGAUGUUUGUUCAACGGAGGAGUUGUGGGCCAGCUUGGUGCAGGAGUACUGGGAAAAAGACUACAAUUUGCUCUAUACCUUCUGCCAACCAGAUGAAAUGUUUACCGCCUUCACUGCUGGGGAUAUCGCCUUCAUCGCUGUGGUCAGCAUUCUCUUCUCACUGAUGCUGGCGGCUGGCAUCGUCGACGUCUACAUACAGAACACCAACAACAAAACCUUGGCGAAAGGUGGGCUCAAGUACUUGUUGCCCUUCUCAGUUUACACCAACACCCAGAAACUGUUUGAGCUGAACACCAAGUCUUCUCCCGGCACCAUAUCGUGUUUACAUGGCAUUAAGGUGUUGUCCAUGACUUGGGUAAUCUUCGGUCACCAACAGUCUGCUUCCUUACAACUGAACGCUAACACCCAGGACAUGUGGAAGAGAGUAAACAAGUUCCUGUAUCAAGCGAUCGCGAACGCCUACUUCAGCGUGGACACCUUCUUCAUGGUGGGCGGCCUCCUCUUGUCCUGCAGCGCCUUCAGGCAACUCAAGAGGACUGGGAAGUUCAACGUCGCUCUGUUUUUUCUACACAGAUUAGUCAGAUUAGUCCCAGCCAUCGCCAUCGUCGCCGGUCUCUACGCCACCGUCGUCCACUUCUUCAUGUCUGGCUUCUUCGCUGACUUCUGGCACUACUGGGAGGCGACCUGUAGUCAAAUCUGGUGGAGGGACAUCUUAUUCAUAAACAACUUUGUGAACGAGCCUGCAGGACUAGGACUUGGAGGAGACUGUUUGGGUCAGUGUUGGUACCUGGCCGUCGACACACAGUUAUACCUGGUGGCUCCCUUAAUCUUCCUACCAUUAUAUUACUACGCUCCUGUUGGUAAGGUCUGGAUGUAUGUGCUGUGUGUGUUGUCCAUCUACAUCCCUGCCCAGAUUAUCUACACCUAUGACCUGCCUCCCUCUUCCUUCUUGGUAGCUCGUAACGCAGAUGUGUACUACAACAAGGUCUACUUAACGCCGUGGUGUCGUGCAGGGCCGUGGCUCGUCGGAAUCUGGCUGGGCUACAUCAUGUAUACUCAAGAUCACAAGCGAGUCGUCCUGAAGAAGUGGCAGGUAGUGGGUGGGUGGACGGCAGCUGUGUGUACCGGAGUGUUGCUUGUGUUUGGGGUGUGGAGCUACAACACCGUGCCACCCAAAGCUGACUAUGACAUCGUGACCCAGGUGGUGUACGGUGGGCUGCAGCGGUUUAUGUGGGGUGUAGUGAUGGCCUGGAUUAUCUACGCCUGUCAUUACGGAGCUGGUGGCCUCGUGAAUGACUUCUCGCCACCCCAUCUGGCAGCCACUUAGCCGUCUGACCUACACCAUGUACCUAGUGACUCUAACAAUGCAAUUCGCAAUCGUGUAUCAGGCGAGGGUACCCUACUACUACUCUUACAUCAGCC